AAACUUCAGCAGGACUUCAUAAGUGACUUCUUCUCCCAGAUGGAACACGGAGACGAAGAGAGAAGAAGCGGAGAAGUCACUGGAAGAAUAUCACCAUGACGAAGAUGUGAAAUGCCUUCCACGUUGCUAAAACGAUCCUCGGACGCUUAAAGGAUGGAUCAGGCUCCUCCCAGCCAGAGCUCAGCUUCAGAAGCAGACGGCGAGGAGCUCCAGCUGAGAGUGGACUUCUUCAGGAAACUGGGUUACUCCUCAGCAGAGGUGAAAGCCGCUUUGACAAAGUCGGGCCUGAACACGGACACUAACUCAGUGCUCGGAGAGCUGGUCAGGAGCAGAACCAGCACCUCCAGCCCGGACAAUGACGAGAGAAGCACAAGCCAAAAAGACUCUCUGCUACCUCCCAGCUGGGCUCUGGGGCCCAGCAGAAUCACGCCACCACCACCAUCGGGGGACGGAAAGAACCCCGAACUGAGGCCUGUUGUCAUCGACGGCAGCAAUGUUGCUAUGAGUCACGGCAACAAGGAAGUGUUCUCGUGUCGAGGCAUACAGCUGGCAGUCAACUUCUUCUUGGACAGAGGUCACAACACCGUCACCGUGUUUGUUCCCAGUUGGCGCAAAGAGCAGCCCAGAGCCGAUGCCCCCCUAACAGAUCAACAUAUUCUGAUGGAGCUCGAGAAGCGUAAAAUAGUCGUGUUCACUCCAUCACGCCGUGUCGGGGGAAAGCGAGUGGUUUGCUACGAUGACCGCUUCAUCGUCAAGUUGGCGUAUGAAUCGGAUGGAGUGAUCGUAUCCAAUGACACCUACCGCGAUCUCCAAGGAGAAAGACCUGAGUGGAAGAAGUGCAUCGAGGAGAGACUCCUCAUGUACUCAUUCGUGAAUGACAAAUUCAUGCCCCCAGAUGACCCUCUUGGUCGUCAUGGUCCCAGCCUCGACAACUUCCUUAGGAAAAAGCCGCUGCCUGUGGAGCAAAAGAGACAGCUCUGUCCCUAUGACAAAAAGUGCACUUACGGCAUCAAAUGCAAGUUCUACCAUCCUGAGCGGGCCAACCAGUCCUAUCGGUCCUUAGCUGAUGAACUGAGAGAGAAAGCCCUGAUUUCUUCUGUGAAAGAAGAGAGAAAUGUCAGAUAUUCACCCAGACAGCUUCAGUCUGAGCCUGGGCCUGCUCACAAGGCCUGCGUCCAUCCUCGAGAGUUUAUCACAGAGCUCACAAGAGACCAGCAGUUUUCUUCACAUUCCGGUCCGGUCAGUGAAAAUGAACUGCUGUACUGGGACGAUCUCAGAAACGGUACAAAUCAUAUGCCAUGCUCCGUGCAAGGAAGCCAGUGUCAGAAAGAGUGGCCUGGGCUGCACUUGAUGACAAAAAAUUACUAUGCCAACACGCCCCCUGAGUACCAGGAUUCUGGCUUUGGCUCUUUUGAGAGUCAGUACUCUGAUAAUUCACAUUCCCUCAGCAACUCCCACAGACCAAGGCCCCAGCAUCCGAGUGCCCUCGCCGUACCUAAAAAUGCCCCAGAGCAUUUAAAGAAAAAUAACAGCAGCCAGUCCUGCAGGUGUUGUUCAGCAGCUCACCAGCAGCAUCAUGGAAACAUGGACCCAAAAGGCCAACCCCACUAUAACACCUACCCUUCUCAUUUGUUCCCACCUGGUGUGCCCCAACAACACAGCCUCCCCGGCCAUUUCCAUUAUAGCGGAGCCCCCCAUCUCCAGCAGAAUUACUGGUCAGAUCCCUUUCAGGGGCUUCCCCUCGCCAGGACAUCCAGUAGUCUCCCCUCUUCAGUCAAUUCCUCACACUCUCACAACUGUUGCGGCUUCUAUAAGAGUCAUCAGUGCCAUUCCUGGGGCCAACAGCAGCCAUCUUCCGCUGCAUUUGACCCUCAAAGGUUAGAGCUCCGCAAGAAUCUGCAAGCCAUCUUCAACCCACAACAGGUGGAUGCAGUCAUGGAGAUGUUCCCACAUCUGACAGAUCCUGAGAAACUGGCUGCAGAGAUACUUAACAUGAAGACUCAGAGAGGGAUGUUCUGAUUAUUUUUCUGUCCCAUCCUUUCAAGAUCAACAUGAUACUUGUGAUGACCUCAGUGGCAUCUGGAGCGUUUUGUCACAGCAAAGAGUGUAUUGUAUAGUGGCUGUAGGUGAAUGUUCUUGAGUGUUCUGUGCAAUGUGCAAUUCAAGAAAUCAAAUGUGACUUCCUAUGAAUGAACAGGUUAGCUAAUCUGUUGAGUUCUCUAUAUUUGUAUGACAUUGUAGUCAAAUGUGACCUUGUCGUCCGUGUUUUGGAUGAAAAGUGCCUCUAGACCAAAAACUGUUCUGAUGAACUUUCUAGAGUUUUGACCGUAGAUGCAUAUUGCAUCAAAUAUGAUCUAUUGUAAGUUCUCAUGCAAUAAGGAAUUGCUGUGUAAAGUAUUACUUCUUCUUUUAUUUCCAUCAUAGUUCUCCAGAACAGCCUGCUGUUCGGUAUUGUCUCUGUGAGGUGCAGCUACAGUAUAUUUAAACCUGUACAACAGCCGCCCGAUGUUCUCAGCCGGUGUCAAUCGAGUAGAGCAAGCUAGGAAAACGAAACUGAGGAAACUCAUAGAGUGACUUUGGCACGAGGGAAAGAAAUGUGCUGGUGCAUCCUCAUCCUUUUCCUGUGAAUCAUUCAUCUCAUGAAACAUUCUUCGAAUGAACUCUGUCUGUAACAAUGAAUGUGUAUGUGGGUCACUGUGUGAUUGGAAAUGACAAUAAAAAUGUGGAAUUGUAAAAAAAAAAA